UGACUGCACAAAAAUUGGACCAUCGAAACAGACCGACUUCUACGCAAUAUUACUUUCAAGAGUUAUCUUACUUAAAGUAGUUUGAAAUGUAAUGUAUUUGCCUUAAUCUAUGUUUGAUAUACCUGACAAAGGGCCGUCAUUUUAUAUGACCGUAUUUGUGUGAUCUCCAGUGCAAAAUCGUUGUUCUGUGGUAGUGUAGUUUGUUUGCAAUAUUUGGCAUGUAGCUGGCGGGAAGUGAAAAUGUUAUCAUAUUUAUCCCUUUACGAUAUUUUCAUCAAUUUGCCAAUGGAAGGUGUCUUUUUAACCAGGGCGUGCCCCGCUUAAUGUUUUUGAAAAUCACGGUCGAUUAAUGUGAGAAAAGUACUUACACCGGGGCUUUUUCUGGAUGGUAGCGUCCCACUGGAAGGAUCCGCUCCAUCAGCCCCUUUUUGUCCCUUUUCUUUUAAAGCACUCUGACAUUUCCACCACAAUGUCUCAGUCAGAGACGUGUUGCAUUUGUGGGGUGAGGUUUGUGAGGGGGCCCAAGGGUUACAACAGGAGGAAAGUCACCACGCUGACCAGCCCCAAGACCUUCCAGCUAGUCUUUGACAUCACUCCUGAUGACUCAUCCUUCCUCUGCUGGGUCUGUCUGGGUGUGCUCAGAAGGAAAACCAAGCAGGAUGGGAAGCUUUGGACUUGGUCAGAUUUGCCAACAAAAGUUGGCAGACAUCGAAAGCCCCGUGCCGAAAUACCAAGCUCAUCCACAACAUUAUCCAAUCAAACUCCAAUUAUAACCAACCCAUCCUCGUUAUCCAUAGAGGAGUGCAUUGCUUCUAAAAAAAACAAACGGAGGCCAGUUCGUCAGUGGGACGGAGAGAAAUGGACCACCUUGACUUCUCGUUCCCCAGAAUCCCAUUCAACGGCCAUCAGACGACCUCAAACGCACAUAGCCCCAACCACACACUCCUCUUCAACACCAUCAAAUCAAGUAAAUUCCUCCACAUUAUCAAGUCAAACUUCAAAUCAGAUCAGUUCUCUGUUCUCCUUUGGAGAGAGGACAACAAAAAGACGUCCGAAGGCACCCCAACCUACAACACACUCCACACUCCUGUCUCCGUUCCCCGUUGACGAAGGUAUAAGGCCCAAGAAGAAGAAGCUCCCUUUCUCCAAGACUAAGCAGAGCUAUGGGUUUGGCCCUCAUGCCAAGGCCCUGCAUUACAUGCACAGCCACCAGCACCUGAAGGCCUUCAGGUCCCUGAUGAAGACCAAAGCUAGAGAAGCCAUGACCAUUUUCCUCGCCGAGGUCAUCGCCCAGGAGAGUAAGGUAUUGAUGAAGGACCAACGUGGGCCAUUGCGUCAGCCGCUGACUGAGGCGAGUGUGAGUGGAUUUUCCUGGGACGCGGUUCUAGUGUGGGGGGAAGAAAAGGCCCCUAUGACCCUGGCCUGUCUUAGGGCCAUGUUCCCCAAACCCAACCCCAUCAGGACGCAGGUUAUGAUGGGAGCAAGGGAAAUUAAACGCCCGAGGACAGAAGAGGCAGCAGGUGAUAUGGUCAGCCAGAGGGCGGGGCUUAUCCUGGCCAUCGUCCUCUACACCUCCAUGCAGAAGUGCAACUUCAUCCAGGCCUCUCUGGGGGUCGAGUUCUGGAAACAGGGCUGUCCUCUCAGCGUGUUGAAAGCCCUCAGUGCCCUGGGGGUGUGUCCCGGUGCUGCCUCUACCAGGAGACACGCAGAGAGGCUGACAACCGGCUUUGAUCCACCUCAGCAGGACCGGACAGAGGGGGUGGAGGAACCUGGGGACUCCUUUUGUAGAUCUGAGGAUGAGAGUCGGACUCUGAGUUGUUCUGAAGAGUAUCCCAGUUCCUCUCCGACACACUCUCUGAACCCGUUCUCAGACCAAUCCCACUCCAGAGACGGGUCCUCGUCCGAUCGGAGUUCCAGACCUGACUCCAGAUCUUGCUCCAGGAGCGACGACUACCAAGGCCCUACUCAGAGGCCUGACUCCCGGGAGUACCAGAAUCUGAUCAAAGAACAUGGUUACCACAAAGUCCAGAAACCUACUUUGAGUCGAUGGACGAAGAACAGUGAGGACAAAAGGGAGGCAAAGGAAAAACCUGUUCAAAAUCUCAAGAGAAGGAAGAUGACGAAAAAGAAACCUGCUCAAUCGCCUCCAGUAGUAAACGCAACUGGCGCGCACCGUUCAGACAUGGAGACUUCUCAUAUAAUUAAGGUAAACAUGGAACCCGUUCAAACGUCUCAAAUAGACAACACACACGUGGAACUCGUUCAAAUGUCUCAAGUAGACAACACACACGUGGAACCCGUUCAAACGUCUCAAAUAGACAACACACACGUGGAACCCGUUCAAACGUCUCAAGUAGACAACACACACGUGGAACCCGUUCAAACGUCUCAAGUAGACAACACACACGUGGAACCCGUUCAAACGUCUCAAGUAGACAACACACACGUGGAACCCGUUCAAACGUCUCAAGUAGACAACACACACGUGGAACCCGUUCAAACGUCUCAAGUAGACAACACACACGUGGAACCCGUUCAAUUGAGCGAUACAAACAAGAAACCUGCUCAUAUAAGUGAGACAAAUGUACAACCUGCUCAAAUGUCUGUAAUGGGCGAGACAAUCAUGGAACAAAUUAAAAUGCCCAAAAGAGGCAGGCCAGGGAAGGAACUUGCUCAAAUGUCUGUAAUAAGCAGGACAUGCAUGGAACAAAUGAAGAUUCCUAAAAGAGGCAGGCCAAGGAAGGAACUUGCUCAAAUGUCUAUAAUGAGCGAGACAAACAUGGAACAAAUUAUAAUGCCCAAAAGAGGCAGGCCAAGGAAGGAACUUGCUCAAGUAAGUAAAACAAACAUAGAACACACUCAAACUCCACAAAUAACCGACACACACUUGGAACCUGCUCACAAGCUCAGAAGUCCAAGGAAGAAACCUGUCCAAACGCCCCAGGUAACUGACACACAAAACAAACCCAUUCAAGUAAGCAAUCCAGACAUUAAACUUGCUGAGACAAACAAAGAAUCAGUUGUACAGGCCAAGAAUGGGAGGCCAAAGAAGGGAUUUGUUCAAAUUCCACUAUUAACCGACACUUGCAUGGAACCCAUUCCGGUAAGCGAGGUAAACGCGGACACCACUUUAAUGCCCAGUAGCAUGAGAUCAAGGAAGAGACCCAGACAAGUUCCCCAAGUAUACGGCACAAACCAAGAACUAACUCAAAUGCCCAGAAUAACCCAAACCAACAAGGAACCCUCCGAAAUGCUUCAGAAAAUGGACACACGCAUGGCACCUGCUGUAACAUCUAAAAGAGGGCGGACAAGGAAGGGACCAAUUGAAAUGUCCCAAGAAACCGACUUACACACAGAAGCCGGUCUAAUGCCUCAAGUUGGUGAAAUGAAUCGGCAACGUAUCGAAGGACGGGAAACAAAUAAAGGACCCGCUGAACCCCAAAAACUCGCUGGAAAGGCUAAAGUAAAUCAGACAACGAAAGUACCUGCAAAGACACCUGAAACACUAGAUCAAAUGAAAUUUAUUCCAAAGCGCAAAAGAGGCAGGCCAAGGAAAGAACUUGCUCAAGUGAUCAACACAGGCAAGGAAACCCCUUCAAUGCAUAAAAUAAGCAAAACAGGCAAAGAAUCUGCUCUUACCCGGGAGAUAAAAAUUAUUGUCAAUAGGAUGGAAAGCUGUAGUGCUGCUGAAAUGCCCCAAAUACGUGAGAUGAACAAUGAACCUGUUCAAGUAAGUGCGGAAAACUUUGAACCUGUUCAAAGACUGAGUGGGGGGUCAAUGGAGGGGCUCGUUCAAAUGCCCCAAGUAAGCUGCACGGACAUGGAACCUGGUAAGUUAGGCAGGACCAUCAUGGAAACCACUUCAACGGCAGAGAGGACUGACAAAGAACCUGUUCGAAGGCCUCAAGCAAACGAAACAAAAGCAGAACUUGCUCAAACGUCUCAGAUAAUGGAAACGAUAAAGGAACACAUUCAAGUAACCAACACAGACAAGGAAACCGCUUCCGCGCCCAAAAGAUGCUGCACAGACAUGGAACUUGCUAAAAGGUACAAAAUGAGUGACUUUCAGACCCGGGUAAUAAGAAUAGUUGACACUAGAAUGAGGGCAAACAAAUCUGUUUCAAUGCUUCAAGUACACGACACAAACCAGGACCCUGAACCUGCUGCAACACCUGAAAUAGGCAACACAAACAAACAACCCACACGAGUGAUCAGAAUAGUUGUUAACAGGAGGAUACCGGCAGACAUAUGUAGUCACACCCGGAAAAGCCUGGAGUGCCUGGCUGAGGUAGCGGCCAAAUGUGCUCCAUUAGAUGUUAAAUCUGCCGAAGAGGAUGGAUAGGUAGGUAGACGCAUGUUACUUAUCAAAAUAACAAACUCCACAACAUGACGUCUCAGGAAUAAUUAAUUUUUUUGUGAAAGGUUAUAACCCUAACUUAAUGGGUGGGGAAUAGUCUGCCUCGUCUUCUGUAUUCGUUUUACUGUAAUUGUACAUACCAGGCUUUUGUCUUAGCAAUUGUCUUCUCCACCUUGUUCAUUUGAUAUGUACAUAAUCCCAGCAACCUUCUUGUGUUUGUCAUUGUGUCCACUGUGGAUUUAGUGUAUUUGUUAGUCUUAUCUCAUUUUAUAUUUAGUUGUUCUGGUUGUACUUCUGUGGUUGUUGACAAUGUAAUAAAAAUGUAUGUGUUUUGUACAAAGGUUAUUCCUGCAGUCAUAGUAUCCAUGCUAAUUUCAGGGUAUUUGUUUUCAUUACACUCACAAAUGUAAUUUAACUAAAAGCAAAGACUGAACCAAAACAGAUUUGCCCACUAAUCUUUAAACUAGAAAAGAAAUCGUUAGAAAACAACCACAGCGUUUAUUUUGACUCGAGGCUUUUCCUUUCAUACUGUUCUUGAUGUAUACAUUCUUGCAAUAAUAUUGCGUGGUAAUACUUGUGAUAAUUUUGUGUAUAUUACUGUUGUCUCGUGUAAAAAUGACACUCACAGAAUAAACAGUACAAUU